CAGCUCUCGGGGAAUUGUGAGCACUUGUCACAUAUAUACAGCUAUUGAGUCCGAGGCUUGAUCUGAUGCUACUUCGCGGAGAAGAGCUUUUUCAGAGACGCGCGAGCUGGCCGAAUUUGACGUCAAGGUGGCCUUCACUGGAUUAGAAAGCUUCUCAGUCGCGAAAAUUUGACAUCUUAGAAUCAGUGCAAAGUGAUAGGAUAGGUACAGAGGAGCAGUAGAUGCUGCGGGCCGCGCAGCAGAAGUGGUCUCCAAAGAAGUCGAGCAGGCAAGGUUGGCACGAUGGACACCAUCGUCCCCGGCGCUCUGGCCGCGUUCUUCGUAGACAUCCUGAUCUUUCCCUUGGACACCAUCAAGACUCGCGUGCAAGCUCCUGAUCGCGCCACACGUUUCCCGAACAAUCGUGGGUUCUACAAGGGGCUUUGGCAAGGGUUGGGACCGAUCAUAGUCGUCACCCUACCUAGUGCGGGACUAUUCUUCACGAUCUACGAAGAAUCCAAGUCGGCUUUGACUUCCGCAGAUGUGCCCUUGAUAGGGCAGUACACUUCCAUCGCGAACAGCAAUGCCCAAGCCUUGGCGCACGGUACCUCUUCAGCCAUGGCGGAGCUCUCGUCUUGCGCACUGCUUGCGCCUGCCGAGAUGAUCAAGCAAAGGCGACAAGUGUCAGUGCAGGGCAGCCUAUCUUCCACGGUAAGCGCAAGCACUCGAGCGAUCAAGAGCACGCUCAAAGAGAGGUCCGUCGUGAUGUGGAGAAGCUACAAAGCUCUGGCGGGUAGAAACCUUCCCUUCACAACUUUGCAAUUUCCAAUCUACGAGUGGACAAAGGAAAAGUUGACGAGGAGGUUUGGCUUACCUUCUAGAGGCAAAGGGCGCAAUGGUAGCGGCAUCAGAUCAGCACCUCUGCAAGAGGUCAGCCACGCUUCCGAGCGAUUCGAGCAGGCCGACAAGGACCGAGAACCAGCCGCAAAUUCUUACUAUCUCAAAGCUGGAUUGGUCAGCGGAGCAAGCGCUGCGGUAGCAGGCAGCGCGGCCGCAUGGAUCACCACGCCCAUAGACGUCGUAAAGACGCGCAUCAUGCUCUCUUCCGAAUCCUCUUCCACCACUUCCGCCUCCAAGAGUUCAACAAGCUCGACGCAAGGUAUCGUUCGGUCGGUCAUUACCAUAGCUAGGGAAGAAGGUGCAACAGCUCUGUUCAAAGGGGGCGCACUCCGCAUGGCUUGGACUGCCCUCGGCGCAGGUCUCUAUCUCGGCGCUUACGAAGCUGGCAGAGAAUGGUGGAUGGAUAGCGCAAAAUGGAAAGUGGAGGGUUUGGUGGAGGAAGUGGAAGAGACCAUAGAGCAAAGGACUGGCGUCUUCAGAUCUUCAUAG